CAGCACAUUGUUUCUCCAUUCAGCCCUCUCAUCCAAAUAUCAUCGCAGAAAAUAGAAGGAAAAGCAAAAGAAAGAAAAAACUAUCCGGAAACCAUGUCGUAUGUUCCUCCUCACCUGAGAAAUUCAACCACAAUUGCCGCCGCCGCCGCCGCCGGCAGCACCGCCACUGUCGCCACUCUCGACGCCACUAUCUUCCACUCUCACUCCAAGCUCAACUCCUCCACUGCAAACAACCACCACACCAACAAUCAUAAUAAUAAUAAUCACGGCGGUCAUCAUUCUCGCCGCAGCAGCGCCACCAAUUUCACCACUCCUGACAUUGUUUUCCCUUCCUGGAAGCCGUCCGAACGCGUUCUUCGUUUUACAACCGACCAGAUAGAGGAGGUUCGCUUAAGGCUUAAUGUCGAAGUCAUAGUAGGUCCUGAUUCACCUCCUGCACCAGCGCCUAUUGAGUCGUUUACAGACAUGGGCUUGCAUUCGAGCAUUAUGAAGGAUAUUACGUUUCAUGGAUAUACGAUGCCCACUUCAAUCCAGGCGCAAGCAAUGCCAGUUGCCCUCAGUGGGAGGGAUCUUUUAGGUUGUGCUGAAACUGGUAGUGGAAAAACUGCUGCCUUCGCCGUUCCUAUGAUACAGCAUUGCUUGGCUCAGCCACCUGUUAGACGAGGUGAUGGACCGCUUGCAUUGGUGUUGGCUCCUACGAGAGAGCUUGCCCAACAGAUAGAGAAGGAGGUGAAGGCUUUCAGUAAAUCAUUGGAAUCUUUUAGAACUGCUAUUGUGGUUGGUGGGACUAACAUUUCUGAUCAGAAGUCUGAACUGCGAAUGGGAGUGGAUAUUGUGGUUGCAACUCCUGGAAGGUUUAUUGAUCAUUUGCGACAGGAAAAUACGUCACUCUCUAGGAUCUCUUUUGUCGUUCUUGAUGAGGCUGAUAGGAUGCUUGAUAUGGGAUUUGAACCACAGAUAAGAGAGGUGAUGCAGAAUCUUCCUGAAAAACAUCAGACAUUGUUAUUUAGUGCAACCAUGCCUGUAGAGAUUGAAAAACUGGCGCAGGAGUAUUUGAGGGAUCCAGUGCAAGUAAAGGUAGGGAAAGUUAGCAGCCCGACAGCAAAUGUAAUGCAAGUUUUGGAGAAGGUGCCUGAAAAUGAAAAGAUAGAUCGGCUUCUUGGGAUGCUUGUUGAGGAAGCUGCAGGGGCUGAAAAUUUUGGCCACCCAUUUCCUUUAACUAUUGUUUUUGUGGAACGGAAGACCAGGUGCGAUGAAGUUGCGGAAGCAUUGAUCGAUCAAGGUUUAAGUGCAGUGGCUCUGCAUGGUGGUCGAAGUCAAAGCGAGAGAGAGUCAGCCCUUCGUGAUUUUAGGAAUGGUCCUACAAAUAUUUUGGUUGCUACUGAUGUUGCAUCUCGUGGAUUGGACGUCAAUGGGGUGGCUCAUGUGGUCAAUUUAGACCUUCCAAAGACAAUGGAGGAUUACGUACACCGGAUUGGUAGGACAGGCCGUGCCGGUUCUACAGGCAGGGCAACAUCAUACUAUACUGACCGGGACUCGUAUCUUGUUGCACAAAUAAGAAAAGCAAUUGCAGAUGUUGAAUCGGGCAACACAGUUACUUAUGCUACUGGAAAGGUUGCUCGAAGGGCGCAGAAGGAAGCUGCAGCUGCUCAGAAAGAAGCAAGAGACGCUCUUUCUAAAGUAUCCUUAACGGGCAAUGCACCUUUAAAAGUCGACGAUAGGUAUAGACACAUGAUUGCCCCUGCAACGGUUAGAACAGAGGGUGCAGCAGAUGGAGCAUGGGACGAUUAGAAUCUGGUCAUAACUUUCGCUCAGAUUUGGUCUCAAGAUCUUGUCGAUUCAUCCAAUUUUAGUGAACAAAGGGGGAAGAAGAAAGAGAAGCCUCCAUGCUUGGGAUCAACUGUUCUAUUUUCUGUUUCAAAAUUCUCGGACAAUACCAUUCCCACUCAUCUUGUAAAAUCUGUCUGUAUAUAUUUGCUUCGUUGCUGCUCCUUAGUUGUGUACAUCACUUACGGCAGAAAAGAAUCUGAUAGUUCUGGCAAUACAUCAUGAUGAGGUUUUACUGUGGCAUUUAAGAACUGAACUGGAAAUGCAGCAGGCGGUAAAAUCCCGGUUUAUUGAGGCCUUGAGCUACUUCUCUCUCUUUGUUCCGUAAUAAACUAAGGUUAAUAAGUUUGUUGAACUAAAAUUUCAAUUACGAUCGAAUGAUUGAAGCAUUCCUGACUGAGGAUUUAACCUUAGAUAACACAUUAUGUUUGGGUUUCCUUAAUCGCUUCAACAAUGAACUAUUUACGUGGGUCUACAUGCACGAUCCACAACCAUUCCUGUGAAGUCGAAAGUUGAAACUUUACUAACAGUCAUUAACCGCUACAUGAUACUGAUAACCAAUAGGGCUUGAUCUUAAGCGAAAAUGUCGAAACACUGCAAGUUCUGG